AUGUCUGCCAUCGUCAUCACUUCUUCGCCACCGCCUUUGUUUGCGCGUGAGACCACACCUGUCUCGCCUUCACCCCCUUCAUCCCAACGAGCUCAGUUCACUUGCAGUCCGAAGCGCUUCAAAUCGAGUGCCGUCGUGCGAGAUAGCUUCUCUCAAGGCUUUAGCAGUGCUCGAGCCCUGCUGGCUAGACCUGGAGCCGAGAAUCUGCCCUUACGCAGUCCCAAUAGCAGCCGCUUCAAGAUUGUGCCAACUCCACCACGGCGUCGCAGUCCUCCAUUUGUCACCUCACUGUCACGGACGGCUUCUAGUGACAUUGCCUUGCCGCAGCUGCAGCAGAAUACUGCCGAAGCAGCAAUUCCUCAGCUUGCGGCGGAUGUGGCAGAUGACGUAGAGAAACGCACGCCAGAACCUCAGCAGCGAGCGAUACCACGCAGAAACGACUGGACACCUGUGACUGACGAUCCCCCGGCAGACGAAGCACCCGAAAGCCCUAAUACCGCGGUGGACGACGGCUCCAAAAGCGGACUUAUGGACAAUUUCGGAUUCAAAACGACCAAGAUCGCCGUGAGCGCGCCUUUUGACGCUCUCAGAGAUGACUCGCUCUUCAAGAAAACAAAGCUAGAUCUGCUCGAGUAUACUGGGCCACCGAUCGUACAGCAAGCGGUGAAAAGCAAGAGAAGAGCCGCGGCUCCGAAGAAACCCAAGGCGCCUGCGAGGAAGAUCCAGACUAUUACAGAGCGAGUGACCUCACACCACAAUGGUCCUAAAGUCGCGGAUACGGGCCUCACAAGCUAUCUCGCUACAACCCAAACACAGAACACGGAUGGACUCCUGCCCGGCGGCGAUGGCAAGGCCACGGCCAACAGAAGGAAACCAGUCAAGAAGACAUCGGCUACGGUGAAAGGGAAGAGCAAACUUCUGUCACCGGGCUCAGCAAUGAAAGCUCUCGAGCGGCAGCAGCAGCCUAUGUUUGGUUCUCUGAGCCAGCUCGCGCGAGACGAGCCAGACUUGAUUCUUAGCUCGGAUCCAGUCUCGCCAUUACGCACGCAAGCUACAUCGAUCGAGUCGACGACACCCCGAAAAGAGGCUGGUGUGGCAAGAUUCAUGAAGAGCCGCAAUCUGUGGGGGGCUGGUGAUAGGGACGAGAACAAUGCACUCGUUUUCGGCGGCACUGCUGAUCUUGAUGAUCCAUUCGCGUUAGGCGGCGCUCUGGUCGGUCACGAUACUUUGAUCCAGCCUGAGCGGAGUGUUCUCAACGAGGGUACGACAAAGCGACCAACGGUAACAAAAGCCCGAUCACCGAGCACAUCGCCAACGCGCGCCAUCCAUACUGCUGUGGUGGUCGACGUGCACGACGUUCAAUCUCCAGCUGGAGCCAUGCUGCCUCCGCCACGGAAGAAGCCUCGUGAGACCGAGCCAGAGAAUUUGAAGGCAACGAACGUACCAGUCACAAGUACAGACCAGCAGGAAAAGGUGGUAGACCAAUCAAAGGGGCAUUCACGGGGUAAGACUGAUCUUACCGCACCACCGAGACCCAACUACAUCGGCAUGCAUACUGAUGACCUUAAGAAGGCCAUUCACACCUACGGCUUCAAGCCAAUCAAGAGUCGGGACAAGAUGAUCGAGAAGCUCAACCAGUGCUGGGAUGCCAAAGAGGCAAGACGCGCCGCGAAGUCAGCACAAACGGAAACGGAACUCCCACCAGCCAUGAGACAGAGCGACUUCAUCAGUGACGUUCACGGCCUUGCGGCACGUCCAGUGCCGAAGGUUAAGAAGGCGAAGACGCCGAGGACCAAGAAGACCGCCGAGGAGAAAGCCACCACGACACCAAAGCCAAAGCAGCCGCGGAGACGAAAGACACCCGCGAAGACAGAUGAUGGGACUGAGGUUGUGGACACUGAAGCCACCAAGAACACCAAAGCGACCAAAGCAAGAAAGAAGACCACCAAUGAAGCAGACAAUACAGAGGUUGCAGCGGAGGAGAAGCCCAAGAAGCGCAGAAGAGCCGAUAGUCAAGGCGCAAAUCGUGUGACUGGGACCGAUAUUGCGACGGCGGCAAAGAAACCUCGAAAACGAGCAACGCCAAGGAAGAGCGACGAUAGUGCGGCGAAAGCGACUGAAAAUGCACUUACAGACUUAGCGACAACACCUAAGAAGCCGCGAGGCAGGCCACAUAAAGUGGUUGCGACUCCGAAGGAAGAUGUGUUGGAUAUUGAUGAUAUUACGAGUUCUACGACUGUACGAGGAGGCAAGAACAGCCCGCGAGGCAAGAGCAAUGCAGUAGAAAUACCUUCAUCACCACUUGCGGUUGACGACAGCGCACAAGCCGCGGACGACGUCAACAUCGGUCAGCAAAUAUACAAAGCGAUCAUGCAUCAGUCCCAAGAAGCAGCCAUAGACAAGCAGCGAAACCAUAUCAAGGACCCGACCUGGCACGAGAAAAUGCUCUUGUACGAUCCUAUUGUGAUCGAAGAUCUGGCAAGGUGGCUGAAUGGCGAAGGGUUAGCAGGUAUUCAAGAAGAUCGCGAAGUGACCACGAUAGAGGUCAGAAGUUGGUGCGAAAGUAAGGGCGUGUGUUGCCUAUGGAAGGGUGGAUGGCGCGGCAACAAGAAGGAGAGUGAUUGA